GCACCGAUAUUCAAAAUGAGGGGGAAAUGACAUGACACCUGACAUCGUGUGAGCAACAGGGCACAUUUCCUAAUCCGAGGGAAGGACGAGGUGACACAUCACCACACACUGAGCCUGCAGGACGUUCAGGGCGAAAUGUCAGCGACCAAACAGACUCAUCACUCAUCUCCACCUCCGACCUACAGCCCGAUGGCAGAGGGAGGGAAAUAGGGGAAGUCGCGCAGGCCCGUCGUGUCGAUCAGCAGUGAAGGAGACACUUGUCGCUCCGGCCACACACAAAGGCCCAAUGCUGAUGGAGAGACGAGAUCCAGGGCGUCGUCAUAAAAGUUCAACACUAUGAAACGACAGAAAUGUGCGGAUUUCACUGACGGGAGGUGGUCACCACCCGCCCGCCAUCAAGCUCCAUCAGCGAAUGAGCAGCGGUCAGGAGCGGAAAUGGGAGAAGAAGUAGUGCAGGUCGGAGCGGUUGCAGAAAAAAACACAUGUUCUAGUUUGGUCUGCACAUAAUCUGUUUGGUAAUUUGCUAGUAUCCGUUUUAUAUACAUGAGCAGCACAUCAAGCUGAAAUGAAGACACUGGUGGUGGGAGUCGGCGGGAUGACCAAUGGUGGAAAAUCAACUCUUUCCAAGAGUUUGCACCAUCAGAUACCCAACAGCUGCAUCAUUGCACAGGAUUCAUAUUUUAAGGAUGAUUCUGUAGUACCAGUGGACAGCAAUGGGUUUAAGCAAUAUGACAUGCUCAGUGCUCUCCACAUGGACACGAUGAUGAGCGAGGUCGACUCGUGGCGACGAGAUCCCGAGUCGUUCCUGAGGCGCCGAGGCCUGAACCCAGAGGACACAACGCUGACGGUCGAAGCUGAGGACGUGUAUGUGCUGAUAGUAGAAGGAUUCCUCAUUUUCAACUACAGGCCUCUGAAUGAGCUAUUUGAUAAAAGAUACUUCAUGGAUAUACCUUACGAUGUCUGCAAGAGGAGAAGAAGUUUGAGGGUGUACACGCCACCUGAUCCUCCUGGCUACUUCGACGGACACGUGUGGCCAAUGUACCUAAAAAACCGCCAGGAGAUGGAGAACAUGGUGUCUGGAAUCGUAUUUCUGGACGGACUGAAGCCAAAAGAAGAGCUGCUGGAUGCUGUGUGUAAAGACGUGUGUUGGGAAAUAGACAGACUCAGUGAGAAAGACUGAAAUAGUUGGACUCUUUUCAAGACGGUGACCGCUGCUGCCACUGAUAUAAGGAAAGUACAUCGUUUUGGACUAACGUCUGUCUGAAAGCACCAAACCAAGUGUUUAUUUGGUUUAUUUGAUUGUUAGUAUUCCUUAAAAGAGUAAGAGACAAAACACUGGAUGAGAAUGAUCUGCAGUUGCAGCAUAUGGAGUUGUACAGCUGGAGACUGGACCGAGGCUGCCAGAAUCACAGGGAACCUGAUGUCUUUGACAUUAGUGGUCAGUGCUGUGAGGUGAGGAUGCAGUAUGGUAAAACAUAACAAACAAAUAUAUGUUGUUUUGUGACUUAAUGAAGUCAGUGCUGAAAACGGGACAUACAGUGGAUUUCUGCGACACGCUACAAUAUGUUCAUCUCACAGCUCAUUGUUUUAAAAUGUUAUCUAUGAAUGUUUAAAAAUGUAAUGGGGAUUUUUUAAAUCUCUUUUUAUAUAUACAUAUACAGAUAACCUUAACUUGUGAUGUAAUUCCACAUAAUUAAAUAUAGAAAAUGUACAUAAAUGUACUGCAAAACAAGUUUCCCAUUUGGGAUGAAUAAAGUACUGAGCUGAACUGAA